AUGAAGAUACGCGCAGGAAAGCAAGCAACAGGAGGGAAUGAUGGUAUUGCGUUGGGCUAUAGGCAUGGUGUGUUGGGUGCACUUGUCUUAGUUGUGUAUAUAUACACCGUGAUGCCUUCGGUACCGGGUGGAGACGCUGGAGAGCUGCUUGCUUCGGGAUGCCAACUGGGGACGCCACAUCCGCCUGGUUACCCCCUCCUCGGCACCAUUUAUUUCUUUCUCAGCAGGCUACCUCUCCCGUCGAUAGCACCGCCAACGGCCUGCGCUGACAAUAUCCCUGGCACCGUCGCUUUGGCGGCGAACAUUCUCUCUGGCGUCUUUGGGUCAAUAGCGGCCGUCCUUGUCCAUCUGACGAUCGAGGAGUGGACCCAUUCCUCCAUGCAGGCUUACAACUCGGGGGCGGCUGCCGCCGCUGCCCUGCUGUUCAGCUUCAGCCCUCUUGCAUGGGAGUACAACACCGGCUCCGAGGUGUUCGCCCUCAACAACGUGCUGGUGGCGGUGGCGCUGUAUGUUACUGCACGGAUCGUGACUCGGCCGAGUAUGACCUUGGCGAGGAUGGGCGCAGUGGUUUGCGGCCUGGCACUUUGCAAUCAGCACGCUUCCAUUCUCGUGCUGGGGCCCUUGGCCGUCUCCGUUUUGAAGGCCCUCAUGGGAGAGUCGCUGCUGUCCUGUCGGUCGCUAGCCGAGCUGGGAGGACUAUGGUUUCCCCUCGGGCUGUCUCCCCACGCAGCCCUGGUCGUGUCUUCUCGAAAUCCACAGCAAGGUUCUUGGGGGGAUCUAUCCUCGACAGCGGGCUUCCUUCGGCACAUUCUUCGCUCUGAGUAUGGCACGCUCAAUCUUGGAAUUCCCGUCCCAAAUGCUGAAGGCGCGGUAGAACGGAUCGGAGAGUACCUUAUGGACAGUAGCAGCCAGACGAUGCAUGUAGGACCACCAAUGGCAGCACUUGGAGUCGGGUGGGCGCUGGUCGUAGCUCACACGGGUGCGUAUUCCGAUAAACACCGGCAACAUUCACGGAGGGUUCGCCACUUCGGUCUGGGAUUGGCGACGGCGUGGGCAUUCUACGUCACCAUCUGGCACUGCAUUUUUUCAAACAUUUCGCUACAUCGUCCAAUGAGCAGAGCGGUGCAUGCAAGGUUUUGGAUACAGCCGAAUCUGCUGCUCUGCGUCGCGGCGGGUUGUGGGUUGGGUCUGGUAGCAAAUACCAUCGCUGCUAACCUUUGGCGUGUUUGUCCAUCUAGCUGUCGGCUUGGUAAACGUUUCGCCGGGGCACGUGUAUCCCUCCUGAUGCCGACGGUGAUAUCGACGACGAUGUGUUGGCAACGUUGGAACUCAAUGGACAGAGGUGCUUGGAUUGGAGGGUCGCACGGCUGGACGAUGCAUCUCUAUGGCCAGGUACACCUUGACCUGUGGCUGGCAGUGUGUGAGGGCCUACGGACGGAUGUCACCCACAUCAGUCUCCAGAUGAUGCCCUACCCCUGGUGGGAAUCUACACAAGCGGAUCUACACCCAGGGGUCGUGUUUCCUCCGAUUCUUCGUGGAGUGUCCACGAGACGCGAAAGCGAAGGCAACGCCGCCCUGGUAACUCGCUUCCUGGCCGCUAACCUCCCGCAAGGACGCCAAAUAUUUUUGGACAUGCAAGCUGUGGAUGAGAGAGAGAUAGGGGCGGUAGGAUUCUACCGCGGAUUCAGCUUGGUGCCGCAUGGGUUGGUGUAUCGUGUCCUGCCGAGAUUGACACUCCAGGAAAGUGAGAGUUGGCACGAGGGAGUUGUCAAGCAACUUCGAAGCCUCAGCGAGUGUAUGCAGCCCGUUACAGUGAGCCGGUAUCGUCCUGGCACAUGGGAAUUUUCGGCAGCAAGUGUGUACUGGGAUGCUCACUAUCAAGCCGGCCUCUUUUUCUUGUCUUACGCUAUCGGGGCGUGGGAUAACGCGCCCAGGGCAACGCAACGCCCGCAUCUCCUCCCGGCUCUGAGGGAUAAAACGCAUCGUCAAGCGGACCACUCCGUAUUCAACUGUCGACAAGGUCCGUCUAAACUGUCUUCUCGACUAUGGUGUUGCGGGAUAUCGGCUCAGGCGUCGGCGCUUCUUCAACGUACUCUGGAGGCUGCCGAUGAGCAUGGAACGUUCUCUUCCUCGAGGUCAGACCUGCUGAAGAACACUGCUUUGGCCAAGAUCCGACUGCUCCAAGCUCUGCAGGCAGAAGCUGUGUCUAAUCCCCUCAGCAAGAAGCACUCGUCAUCGGUAGAUUCCGUCUCGCACACGGAGGGACGGCACGCGGAAAUAAUGCUGGCGAAGGAGCACUGUCUCACGCUUAUCCCGCGGUUCUUGUUAGAGGCCAUCGAUGACAAAGAUGCUGAAGCUUUUGGGAAAGUGUACGUUAAGCUCAGGGAAACGAGUCACAUGUAG